AUGAUGAUCCCUCCAUAUCAUUUAGAUCAACCUUAACAUUAGUCAUAAAAAGGUUAUAGAGUUUAAUCGUCUGCUACAAUUUUGGAUCUAUAGAAUCAUAUUAAGAAAUAUUUAGAUGAUGAUUCUGAAAUAUAAUUUUAUUUUGAAAAAGAUAAACUCUUUAGUGGAGUUCUAAAUACUUAUUUAAUUAAUAUUAUCAAAAAUAUACCUGGUAGAACUAUCUAUUAUAGAAAGGUUUCGUCACACAAAAAUACUCACACUUAAUCAUAUAAAUCAUCGAAAUUUGAAUAUGAAAGUCAAAAUAAUGAUAUCAAAUAAUCCAAUCAAAAUAUUAGCACUCAAUCACAAAUCAUAUAAGGAGAAUAUUAAUUAAAUAAACCAGUAAACAUACAAAAUUAACAAGAAUAAAAUAGUCUUACAAAGAUUUAACAUUCUUAAAACAAUUAUAUUAAUAGGGGGGGGGUUAAAGCAGAUGCUUAACCUAUUUAAUAAGCAAAACCACAGAGUACAAUAGAUUCUAGAAAUAUAUAAUCAAAUGUAUUAGGAACCGAAAAUCUAAGGUAAUAAGUUUAAUCUCAGAUUUAUUCAAAUUUAACUCGAUCAUAAUUAUAAAAUUAAGAGCUUUAAUAGUUAAAAUAAGAGAAAUAUUAAACAGAUUAAUAGAACUAGGAAUUAUAAUCACAAGUUAAUAAAUUAAAAACUAGAUUACUAGACUAUGAAGAGAGAAUAAGGAAUCAAUAAACUGAAAAUGAAAAGAUAAGGUCAGAUUUUAAAGAUUAAAACUAAUAAAUUUAAUACGAUCUUUCUAAACUUAAAGAUGAUUAUGAAAAAUUAAAUUAAGAAAAUGGAAAAUUAAAAAUUGAAAAUCAAAAAUUAAGCAAUGAAAAUGAUACCUUAUAAAAAAACCUUGGAGAAGCAAAGCUUAAACCUUAAACAUAUAUUGAAGUAUAAAAAGAUAAUUCUAAUAACCAACCAAAAUUAAGGAUUUAAGAAAUAAGUCCGCUUGAACGAACAAAAGAAUAAAAUCCUCUCUAAAGUUCAUAGAUAUACUAGUCUUAGUGCUAUAAUACAGGUUAUUAAUAGAAAAGUUACAAAAAUAAAUGUGGCCAUAACAUAGAUAUUUCUUAGAUAGAAGCCUUACUAACUUAGGCACUUAAAAACAAUUCAAAAGCAUUAUGCAAACAGUGCUAAAAACCGAUCUAAUCAAAGCUGUGCUUAUUGACCGAAUUUGGUAAACAGUAUUUAGAAGCAAACAAUUAAAAAGACCUUAAGCUAAUUUUUUAAAAUUUACAGAGAAAGUAGUUAAAAUCUCAAGAAAAAUUAGUAAAAUGUUCAACUGUUAGUUGUCAAUUCUUUUGCAUUUGGUAGUAAAACUAAAAUUUAAGGUUUCCGCAAUAAAAAAAUGGACUUUGCCUCUAAUGUUUAUCUAAUUCUGUUAUUGGCAAUGAACUAUAAGCGUCAACCCAUUAAGACUUUUAAAAUAAUGCCUCAUAAUAUGGAUAAUAGGAAUAAUAUAGAUAAUAGAAAUAAUUUGGAUAAUAGGAAUAAUAUAGAUAAUAGCAAUAAUUUGGAUAAUAAGAAUAAUUUAGAUAAUAGCAAUAAUUUGGAUAAUAGGAAUAAUAUGGAUUAUAGCUAUAAUAUGGAUAAUAGGAAUAAUUUAGAUAAUAGCAAUAAUUUGGAUAAUAGGGAUAAUUUAGAUAAUAGCAAUAAUUUGGAUAAUAGGAAUAAUUUAGAUAAUAGCAAUAAUUUGGAUAAUAGGAAUAAUUUAGAUAAUAUAGAUAAUAUGGAUGA